AUGACUGGUGGUAGUAUACAACUAUCAGAAGAUUUAACAGAAGGCAAUUUAUUUUAUCGUCAACAUUAUGAAAAUUGGAUAUUAUGGAGGAAUUCAAUACUAUUUCUAUUAUUACUUUGCAGUGGAAUAUUUGUAUCAAUUGAUUUAUAUAAUAUAUCUGAUAAAAAGUUUAAUACUUUCGUCUGGAAUAAUCAUCCACACUUUGGUCGUCAACAUUCUCAAAUAUUGAAUUCAUUGAAUAUCAUUAAAGAUUUAGUAACGGCAAAUAACUAUAUAACUACUGAAAAGGUGUCAAGUAGUAUUAGCAGCGUUAGUAGUACAAGUUCUCUUAUGAAUGAUCAAUCUGGUGAUAAUAAUAAUCAUAAUAAUGAAGGAAAGUUGAAUAGGACUGCACUGAAACAUCAUUAUUCUAAUAAUUUAUUUAGACGGAAUGUUCAGUUACAACAUUUGACUAAAUCAUGCCUUAAUAUGGAAUCUAUUGAUUGGAAUAUGAUGCUGCGGAGAGAUAAAACAUACUAUCGUUAUGAAUCAUUUAUUCAGCUGACGAAUAUUGAUGUCAAAGGAUCUAAUUUCCAUUUUGAAGACACUAAUCCACUAACUAAUCAGAUUUCAUAUACAAAAGAAGUUACCCAAAGAUUAGACAAUCUCAGUUUUGUAUUGCCCUUUUCAUCUGGGAUAAGUGUUCAUAUCAAUGUGAAAAAUAUCAGAUUACUACCAGAAUAUGAAGAUGUAGAACAUUUAGCCAGUGAUAACGGCAUUGUUAUGGAUUCUUCAAGGAAAUCGAAUAUGCAGCAUUGGCGUAAACCACUGGAGACAAUUAUUAAAACAGCAUGUCGAUAUCCAUUACCCAAGCAAUACUAUCUAGCAAUGCAUCCGUAUUUGGAUCGACAUACAACAGCUAGAAGACACGUCUGCAAGAGGAAUUCACAAUCACCUAAUAUUUGUCCUGCAAAUUAUCCAAGUGGUUAUGUAUUUUACGACAGAUCAAUAAACGGACAGUGUACCCAAAAUAAAGCUUCCUAUCUACCUCCACAGUUGAACAGUUUCUAUUGUACAAUUAAUUCACCUUUGGUCAAUCAGUUAUUUCAAGAAGAAAUUAUUGAAAGUCAAUCAUAUUUAAAAGAUAUUCAUUGUGAUACACAACGUCGUAUCUGUCAGACAUGUCUGAAACAGUCUUGUUGGAAUGUUGAAAAAAACAAUAUUAAUAAUAAUAAUAAUAUUAAUGUUCAAUCUGAAAUGAGUGUAAGACAAAACCUUCAGAAUGAUGUAAUCGGUAGUCAUGGUGACAUCGGGAUAAAUAACAACAAUGAUGUUAAUAAUAUGAAUAAUAAUAAUCACAGAGUAACUAGUGAAAAUUUACUCCAAGUUAAUGAUAUUGUACAGAAUUUAUGGGCGGUUAAUGAACCUCAUUGUUGUCGUGUCGACUGUUAUUCUAGUCCAAGUUGUCUGGAUUACUUUGGUGCUAAAUGUGAAAUAUAUACGAGUAGACAUCCGAAUGCUACUGAAAUCUGCCUACAAGGUAAAACAUUGAAAUUUACUUUAAACCCUGAAUUUGAUCUGAACAAUGGGACAUAUACGUGCCACAUCCAACACAGUCCCCCCAAAAUUCUGUACACAAUAGAAACAUGGCUAACUUUGGAUAGUUCAGUCUCACCGAAUACUAUUUGGUAUAGUUCACCGUUAAAAUACGAUAUCAACUUAGAGAAUGAAAAGAAAUAUCGAAGUCGUAAAAUUGACAAACUGAAAGAUCGUAUUCAGAACCGUCAAAAAUUAUUUCAGAAACGAGGUGCUCUUUUAUUAUGGAAUGAGAAUAUUCAUCUGGAGCAUAGGACAGAAUUACCACUAUGGAAGGAUGCAAUUGUACAUAAAUCUUCUGAUAAAGCAUUGUCGCUAUACAAACUGAAAAGUUUCAAAGAAUUUGAUAAAGAACCGCCUAUACUUCAGCGACAUAAAGAAGAGAAAUAUAUUAUUGUACAGUUUUCAAAGCCAUUUCAUUACAGCACGGCCAAUUGGGGCAAUCAAACUUGUCAAAUAAAUAUAAGUCAUAUACAUCGUGCACAACCAAUAUACGCAGAAGACACUAAAGUUCCGGUGAAACUUACCUCAGGUGUACAGAAAACCACUUCAAAUACAUUCCUAUAUACAUUUCAAGACAGACACAGGAAGUCAACUAUUAAAGUUAAGACAAGCAAAAAUCAUUCCUUAUUAUACACUGCUAUUUGUUUAAAUGGCUUAACAUUUAAAUCAUCAAAACACCAUGCAUACACCAAGCAAAUGACUUUAAACACUCACAGCAAACAUUCCAGUGAGCCAAUUGGUCGGUUAAAUCCCAACUUAAGAAUAUAUACAAAGAGGCUGAAGACAAACUGUGAACUGAAUACAACAUGGAGAGCAAUAAUCUCAGGUUCAGUGACACGUAAACCAACUUAUAUUCACUUAAAAAUAUCCACUGGUUUCUUAAAACACACCUCACCAACUCAUCACUUGUCAUCAUCGACAAAUGAAGAUACUGCCUCAAGAAUUAAUGAACAAAAAAAUAUUUUAUUCGAGAAAGAUUUAAUUCUUCUACCGAAUGUAUUCAAUUCGACAACGGUAGCUACAAAUUUCGAAGCCGAUGAACAGUCUUUUGAAAUUCACUUUGAUAUUGAACAAAUUCAUUUUUCAAGUUUCAAUUCAAUUCUAUUGCAUUCAUCAGUAUUGAUAUUUAUACAUAUAAAAGAUUGUUUUACUGAAUAUCUACUCACCAAAGGAUUUGAAAUUUUAAAUAAUAAUGAUGGAUUAUUCAAAUCGACAAUGGUGCAUGCUGGUCAGAAUAACAGUAUGCUAAAGUAUUAUCAAUCGAUUCGUGUCGACUCGUUGAACACAGAUAAAAUGCAUUUACCGUUUAUAAUCACAUGUUUAAUUAUCGGUCUCACAUACAUCAUCUUGUUGACGAUAUAUGCUGUAGUCAAGAUAUGUCAUAGUUCAAAUGGAGUAGUUCGCAACGCUUCAACGAAUUACACUACAGUUGUUAGUAAAGUACAACGUGGAGGGUAUUCAUCCUUCUCGGUGUAUCCAACAAAUUUAUUGAAUGCCAAUAUACAAUCAAGCUUAACAUGUUCACAGAAAUUUUUUAUUAUGACAUAUUUAUGCUUUCGUGUAUUCUACACAUUUUUAUUCACUAUCAGUGUUGGAUUAUCAUUUGUUCUAAGCAUUGAAACAGAUGCGACAGUCGAGUUCACCUCUGCUGUAUAUAACAAUCAUUUUGUAACUAUGAAUACACUGGGUAGAUAUAGUGGAAGUUUUGAUAGCAGACUGAAUUCACCAUCAGUAAUGAGCACAAUGCCAUUGGCAACGGAUAUAGGCAAUAGAUGGCGUGGAGCUAAAGUAUGGGUAUUGGAAGCGGCUAGAAUGGAGGAUUUCGCACAAUCGGAACUAUUGAGACAAAUUCAGAAGGGGACUGGUCAAGUUUCAGACUGUGGUAAACACUAUGAAGAGCAUAGUAAACAAUUAUCCAAGGUCAUGUUGUACAUCGGUAAACAACUAAUCAGUUGGUUGAGUCAAACAAAUACGCCUAACAGUUUUACUGUAAAAAAUAGUAAUAAUCAUAUGAAUGGAAAUCCUAUUAAUUAUAAUUACAACUUCAAUAAUGCAAUCUAUGAAGAUCCAAUUACAAUGAGUAUUAGUGAAAAAGAUAAGAAUGGUAAUAAUAAUCAUGCAAAUGGUUCAGCUUGGACAUUGAAUAGUAUGAAUGUUCAAAUAUCAACUAUUGAGCAAGAAACAUGGAAUAAUUUAGAACGUAACAGUUGGCUACCGUAUUUAGAUACAGUUGAUGAUUAUUUAAGAAAGACUAGAGAUGAUUUGGAUACGAAAGUGAUCGAUUAUUGGGCACCAUAUGACCAACUAUUAGCAAAUCUUUUAAUCAAUCCAUGGAUUGCACCAGCUCGUCGAGCAUUGAAUACAUCAUGGUUACAAGAGAAACGAAUUUCAUUUAUGGAUAGAACAUAUUUUGGUUUACUCUCAAAUGAUAUAGAUUCUGAAGAUGAAAGUCAACCUUCAAAUGAUGUCUCAAUGUUGAACGGUGCCAGGGAAACUCAGUCAUUGAUGUUGUCAAAUUUUAUUGGUGUACCACAGCCAGCACACGCGCGUUUAGCUGGAACAAGAAUAUGGAAUAGUUUUCGAAAUCUGGUUCCAGGUUUACCAAGUAAAUUCUAUUACAAACUAGAGCCAAGUUCAACGUUGACAUCCUCCUCCUCUUCAUCUACAUCUUCCUCAUCAUCUCUGUCAUUAUCGUCAACCAUAAAAGCAUCAGCUCUCAACAAAGAUAGUGACUUUCAAAAGAAACCCAAGUUGUAUCAUGAUUAUCGUCAAAUGUUAUCUAAUGAAGACUGGUAUCAUAUUCCAAGUGGACAAUUAAGUUUAAAUGAUAAGCAGAGUAUUGUCGACUUCACCGACUUCAGUACACACUUCUCUGUAUUCUCAACAGCUGUGACAAAGAAAAGCGGUAAUCUCAUGUCGAGUGACACAAAUGCCUAUUUUUUAACACUUACACAAGUUCGUCUUCUGCUACUUUUAUUAGACGCUAUUAUUAUAUUAGCCAGAUGUUUUCAAACAUUUAAUUUUAUGCAUAAUAUAUGGUUUGGUGAUACUCGUUUAGUCAGUGGUAAUCAUUCACUGCAUGGUAUGAAUGAGAAUUCACAAGUUAUGAUUGAAUCAUUCGAUUCUUCUACUAUUCAGCAGCAACAACAGCACCGACAAUCUCAAUCGUUAUCUCUAACGCAGUCACAAUUACAACAACAACAGCAACAACAACACUCGACAUCUCCAAAUCAUCCAUCCAAUUGUCAUUAUCAACUUCAACAGAAUAUAAGAUCACCCAAACGGAUUCCAUUACCAGUAGGAUCUACACCAUUUCUGCAUCCUACAUCGUGUUCAUCAAGUCUACGUGAAUCUAAUCACCAUACAGUGUCAAAUGAGUUUUCAACAUCUCCAACUAGAAAUUACAAUGAAACCAUGGUUGUAAAUCAGUCAAUUCGUAUAAAUGAUUGUGAAAGAAAAUCCUCUACAGGUAUGAAUAUUAGUCAAACUAGUAAUCCGCCAACUUUACACUUUGACAACGGAACUGGACGUUUUACAGCAUGUUAUUGCUGUUUAGAUACACAUUAUCUACUAGUUAUAACUGGAUGGUUAUUGGCAAAAACAGGCGUAUUUGCUCGAUCACGUGCACUAGAAGAUUGUAGACAGAGAACGAAUGCUAUUUUAAAAACAAUUCAACCAAAUCAUAUCAAUAUGGAUUUGAUAAGAUCUGCUAGAAUAAAUGCAGCUCGUGAAGCUCAUUGGAUGAAUCAGUUGACUAACAGACUGACACAUGUUCAAACUCAUAUACAAUUACAAUUCAUUACAGAAUUAUGUUUAUUACAAAAAGGUUUGGCAAAUCAUUACUAUGUUUUGAAUCAACAUCAACCUCAGAACCAGCACCAACAAGCUGGACAAAUUCACCUACCAGGGACAAGUGAUACAAAAUCAAGUUUUUCAGCUUGUGAAUUAAUUGGUCCAAAUUCACAGUUUACUGAACAAGCCUUAUCCAUACUGUCCAUCUGGCGACUGGAUCCAAUGACAAAUAAACAGAUUAAGCAUACACUGAAAACACCAACAUGCCAUUUUUCACCAAUCGUUCCUGCUACUUAUGCUGAAAGUCAUCUGUCACGAUUAUUAAGAAUGACCAGUUUGAAUGAACACGAAUACCACCCGAAAAAAUUGAAACAGAAAGCUAAGAUGUCGGUUUCUACGAAUAAUCAAACUGAUUUUACUCAAACUGAUGGAAAUCAAUUAGAUUUUGAUUAUGAACAAAUAACCACAUCAAUUGGAAGUCUGUCAACAUUAAUUAAUGCUGUUUAUCGUUUAAUGUUGACCAGUUUGACAGUAAUGAUAGCAAUGGGUGGAUUGUUGGUUUGUCUUCAUAUGAUAUCAGUUUUAGCGCGUAUGAUUAUACGCAUUCCAGUGCGAAAGAUUUACUAUGCAUCCAGUUAUCCGCCGUAUACAUCCUCUGUAAACAAUCAAAGUUACUCACCCACUCCAUUUCGACGAAGAAAUAGCCUAUCAAGGUGA